UCUAAGGACACCACUAAUGCCAGACAUGAUUUGAAAAAGAUGGGUGUGAGAGAAUCAUUGUGGAUUUAUGAAGAUGAGAAUGGGAAGCUGAUGAAGCCGCACGCUCCUUAUGUGUUAACUCCGGCGCAGAGGCAACAGUUUUGUCAGUUUAUAAAAGGAGUUAGAUUUCCAGAUGGUUUUUGUUCAAAUUUGAAGAAGAAAGUGUCUGAGAAUGAUACAAAUAUUCUUGGGUUGAAGUCACACGAUUGUCAUGUGAUAAUGCAACGAUUACUUUCGCUCGGUGUUCGUAAGUUUCUUCCAAAAUCUAUAUCGACCACUAUUGCAGAAUUGUGCAAUUUCUUCAGGCAAAUAUGUUCGAGGACUUUAAAUGUUAAAGAUAUGGAGGAAGCACAAAAUGAUCUUAUUCAGAUAUUGUGCAAGAUGGAGUUCAUUUUUCCUCCAGCUUUUUUUGACAUAAUGAUUCAUUUGGUAUUGCAUUUGCCAGAAGAAGCAAUAUUGGGUGGUCCGGUAUUUAUGAGGUGGAUGUAUCCUUUUGAAAGAUACAUGAAAAAAUUAAAGAAUUAUGUGGGAAAUAAAGCUCGCCCUGAAGGGUCGAUCGCCGAAGGCUAUGUUGCAGACGAGGCUUUGACCUUUUGUUCAAUGUAUUUCAAAGGCAUUGAAACAAGAUUUAACCGUCUUGAUCGAAAUGAAGAUGCAACUUAUAUCCCACGAAAUCUUGCAGUUUUCCAAUCUCAAUGUCGUCCACUCACAAAGGGAACUUUGAAGACUCUCGAUCAUAAGACUCGUGAAAUAGCUGAGUGGUUCAUACUUGAGAAUUCUCCUGAAAUUGAGCCUUAUUUAGAUGAACACCUACAAGAGAUUAAACAAAAAUACCCAGAUGGUGAUCAUGAUCGUUUGCAUAGGAAAAAUUUUCGUUCGUGGUUUCAUAAAAAGAUAUAUGACCUGCACAAGCUUGGGUCUUUGGAUAACGGUGAUGAACUGUUAGCUUUAGCAUCUGGGUCAGAUCAUUUGUCAACAUUUUACCAAGGUUGUAUAGUCAAUGGUGUUCGAUUUAUUGCACACGAUCGAGACAAAAAGCGCACCACACAGAAUAGUGGAGUGUCGGCUGCCGGAACCGAAGAAGACAAAUGA